CGGUGGAGGGCUUACAUCCUAAAAAAAACAGAAGUUUGGUCAAGCUUGGUAUAACUUGUAUUAGGGAUGUGAUUCAAGAUGUGAUUCGAGAUGCUUUGCAUGCGAGCUACAACAUAGUACUGAAUCGGCGUCCGGUCGAUGGCACUGUCUAAUCCUGCAUCUAGAGAUGCGGUCGAAGCCAAAGCGAGGGCCGGCCUCGCGGGUUUCAAGUCUAGUGGUGUUCACGUUCUAGAACCCUACAUAUCACCGUCAGAUCGGAGCACUCCAGCGGAGGUCCUGAGCACAAGGGGGUCCCGCUCAAGGGCUAGUCCCGGAGUGCCCGAUGCCGGCCCUCCCCCGGCCCUGGCAACUCCCCAGAGCACAGUAUGGCAAGGCCAUAUCCCCGCUGACAACGUGGGGUUCCAGUUACUGAAGAAAUCAGGCUGGAGCGUAGGGACUGGGCUGGGCGCAGGCGAACAGGGUCGACGGGAUCCCAUUGAGCCCGUGCUGCCGAAGGGCACCCGCGGCCUCGGCUUUAACCCUCGCGCCAUCGCAUCUCAGAACCAAUCCCAGCACAACCGAAAACGGCAAGCUGACGGGGAUUCGGAGAUCAACGCAGCGGGCAACGGAGCCCAGCAGGCGGUAGGAUUCCGCGCUAGAACCAACGAUAAGAUUGCGGCACUUGUGCGGGAGGAAUUGGCCACGGAGAGCCUUGGCGACAAGGUCGCGAGGCACAAGCACGUUAUGAGAGUGGAGCGAGAGCAAGAGCGCGGUCGCGCCAUCGAGCGCUACCUUCGCUCCGCCUUCAACGACCCCUUUGACCAGCUGCAUUCGGACAACAGCAACCCCCUAAGUCGGAGCCAUCGGCUCACGGAAAGCAAUCCCCUGCUGAAUCCCAUCGGGGACUGA